AUGACACAUAAUGAAAACGAUCUAAAUAAAAAUGUAGAAAUUUCUCAUUUACAAGACGAUAAUGAGAUAAAUGAUUCUUCUUCGACAUCCUCCUCAUUAAUUUUUAAUGUAAACUCUUCAGCAAAUAAAACAAAUAAUAACAAAUUAUUCAUAAGUGAAUCAACUUCCAUUUCUUCAGAGAGUUCAGAGGAUGAUGAAUACGAUUCACCGUCAAGAGAAUCAUAUGAGAAUAGAUAUAUCCAACUUUCAACAAAUAUUGCAUUAGAUUUCUUGUCGACCUCUGAUCAACCUAAUGUGUCAUCUUUUGACGCCGUUUCACUCCUUGUUUACAAGACUACAAGACUAAUCGUCUUAUAUUGUUUAAUUGCUUCUAUAUACGUCGCAUUUUACUUAAGGCUAGAAUCUGGCUUAAACCUCUGGGACACAUUUAACGUCGUAAAGUUUGGCAUGAUUGUCAUCAUUGCCAUUCAAUUAUUGAUGUUUCAAUUUUCACCUAUAAGUGAUGUUAGAGACCAUUUACAAAGUCACCUGUUAUUUGUUGUGAGUGGUUCUAUCGUCAUAAGUUUACUUUUUUUAACGUUCGCCGGAAAAGUUUUUGAUGCUCACAAAGUAGAUCAACGUGCUUUGUUAAGGAAGGAUCGCGAGAAUUCAAAAAAAUUGGCUUAUGAACGUUUCAUUGAAAGAAGGCAGUCUUAUCUUCACACAAUCUCUGACCAAUUGUGUCAAACUACUGAUUUGGCAAAAAAUAUUUUAAACCAAUUAUCUCCUCCUCAUUUCCUAUUCAAACCACAUGAACAAUUAUCAGCUUGUUCAAUUCCAAUUCCCACUGUUUCUAUAAGUGCUAUUUACAAUAUUUUAAGGGACGUAGAUUAUAUGUCUACCCAUUUGGGAACCUUUUUAUUUUUAUUACAUUCAGAAAAUCUUGACCAAGAAACUUCUCACGUUAAACAAGAGUUUGAUAUUGGUGAGAUAAUACAACACAUUGGUGAUGUCCUUGCUGGUGACAUGUGCAAAGCCAAAGUUGAAUUGGUUAUUUAUCAUGUGGAUUAUGGUUUAAAUCAUUUGAACGUCAUCGGUGAUCGAGCUGCUUUAAGCCAUUCUCUCUUGGAUCUUCUUAACUACAUAAUUGGUAGUGCUAGUCCUGGAGAUUGCAUAGAGUUAGGACUUCAAAUCCGUUCAUCAGAUGAGUCGGAGGUAUCUGAAAAAGAACGGACGAUUAAUCCGCAUGACAAAGUCACUUGUAUUAUAGAAAUCGUACACAUUGCGGGAGCUAAUCUGUCAAAAGAGUCCAAUCGCAACAAAUCCGUUAUUCCUAAUGCAAAUUUGACUCAUAAACUUUUAAGUUUUUUGGGGGUUGAUAUAAAGAUGGAGUCAAAAGGAAAUUCGCAACGACUCGAGAUCACAAUUGAGCUAGAGGCAGGAUCACCUCUUGCACCACCUAAUGUACCCAACGUUCAUGAAGAAAUUCUUCGGCGAUAUCCUCAUCUAAGAAUAACUGGAGAACCUUCUAUGGAAGAACUCAUCAAAACCUCAAGAAAUAUGAGAGGUCAAAGAGUCGCUUUACAUGCUACAAGCAAAAGUUAUUUUGCUCAACGUAUUACGAGUUGUUUGACUACGUGGGGCACUGAUAUUUCGCAUGUACCUAUAGGCGGAGAAGAAAGUAUUGAAACACCUCAAUCGAUUUCUCCUUUAGAAUCUGGAGCUGGUACUCCGCAACCAUCGGAAGAUCAUCAAAAUCAUGAUGAAUUGCAACAAUCAUCAAGUGCAAAUUUUCCACCUACCUUUAUAAUCAUUGAUGACGAUAUCGAUACGCUAAAGAAACAACUUAUUCAGCUGCAAAAAGCACCAUUCCAAUUAAAAGUUCGGAAUAAACAGCAAGGUCCAACAUCAUCUUCUCCAUCACAAACUACAGCUGUAAUUCAUUUCACAUCACUUGUAAACUAUAAAUCGGUAAAGGAUGCUGUUCAAUAUAUUAUUUCAUCACCGCCAACUACAAGUAGCUUUAGUUUACCACAAGUUUUAGUCAUACCUAAGCCGGCCGGUCCGAGACGUUUUUUAACUGCGCUUCAUACGACCAUUAAUAAAAUCGUGGUUGAUCCAGUUUAUAUGCCUAUAGCCACGUCACCUAUGAGCCCAGGCAAACAAUAUUCAAAUCCAAUAAAUUUGGAUCACGAUGAAUCUACGUUUAUAAAAUCAUCUGGAACUUACUUCCCAGAUGCCAUAUGUCAACCUUGUACACCUUCAACAACGGUCCCUACAAAUAAUCCACUAAGUCCAACAAAUAUUUUGCAACGCACCAACAACAUAAACAACGGGGUGAAAAUUAUUCCAAGGACAAGAAAUCCUGAAAUUCAUGACAAAAUAAUUAUGGGAUGUAGUAGUGUACCUUCAAAUUCUCCUCACGUUACAACCCCAACUACUGUAAGUUUCCCAACGACUGGGGUAAUUUCCGGAUCUCCAAUCGGUGCCGGUGGUCAUGGAAUUGCUAGUGGGAUGUUGGGUACAAGUGCCAGCGUAAAACAACCUUCAUCGCCCCCUCCGUCAUCUCCUUCAGUAAAAAAUCAACCCCCACCUUCCCGUCGUAUCAGAAAUAGAACAUCGAAGCCGAAAAAUGCCGAUACUGUAAUACCGCCAAUCAAUGUCUUGAUCGUUGAAGAUAAUCCCAUCAAUCAAACAAUUUUGUCAACGUUUAUGAGAAAGAAGAAGAUUCAGUAUGAAUGUGCAUCUAACGGGAAAGAAGCUGUAGAAAAAUGGCAAACUGGAGGAUUUCAUUUAGUUUUGAUGGAUAUUCAAUUACCUGUAAUGGAUGGAAUUGAAGCAACUAAGACGAUAAGACGUUUAGAGAAAUCACAGAAAAUAGCUGACUUACCUGUUAUUAUCGUGGCACUCACCGCUUCGUCAUUAUCAUCCGACAGGCAGAAUGCAUUAGCAGCAGGUUGUAAUGAUUUUCUAACCAAACCAGUGAGCUUGGAAUGGUUGGAAAGAAAGAUUCGAGAAUGGGGAUGUAUGCAGGCAUUAAUUGAUUUUGAAGGUUGGAAGAAAAGGAAGAGAAACGGAGAUGAACAAGGAAUUAAGGACAAAAAGGUCGAAUCAACAAGUAAUGUUGCUGUUCCUGGGGAAAAGAAUAACGCCGAUAAUCCUAGAAAGGGCGGUGACAGUUCAUCUAAAUAUUUAAAACAAAAAAACACACAGGAUGAUAAUACCUCAAAUGGAACAGAUUCAUUAAUUAAACUAUCUCUACCAAUAGUCAUAAAACCAAGUUCAAAACCAAGUUCCCACGUAUGUUCGAUGAAGAUCCAAUCUAAUACCAACGAAUCCAUUAUCGAUUCUAAUGUAGAAUCUAAUAAGACAAACGAUGUUUGCCCAACAUCUACAGUAAACAACAUGAAAAAUAAUUUAAUUAGCAACAAUUUUUUAUCAUUAACGACCACUCCAAUCUCACCUACGACAAAUUCCAUAAAUGAAUCGUCCUCACAACCUUCAACACCAUUAUCAACAUCAGCCCCUCCAAAUAUAGUAAGGAAGAGGGGAAAUACUGUUUCUUCGAUAACUAGUGUAAAUGUGAGCGUCUUUGACGGAAAGUGA